ACAGACAGAGAGAGAGAGGAGGGGGAGAGAGACAGAGAGAGAGACAGACAGAGAAAGAGAGAGAGAGAAAGAGAGAGAGAGCUGGCGUCACACUUUCUCAGUCCUCCUGAACGGCUCCUUUCUGCUCAGUGGACCAGCGAGCGCGCUGUCCGGCGGUCCGCGAGUCUUAUUUACUCUGUGUUUAUGCGAAUAGACGCGUUUUAGCGGCAGGGGCAGGAGGAGGAGGGGAGGGGGGUCGCUCAGCUCGUUAUCUUGACUCGGGGCUGUCUGUCUGUGAGUGAGUGUGUGUGUGAGUGUGUGUGUGUGGCAGGGCUUCUAUCUCCCCUCUCCCCCAGCGCUGCUACCAAACAGCAUGGUCAUGGCUGACUGUCACCAAAAAGCAGCGCUCCGGGCUCCGGUCCGCGUGGGCUUCUACGACAUCGAGCGCACUCUCGGCAAGGGCAACUUCGCCGUGGUGAAGCUGGCGAGGCACCGGAUUACGAAGACCGAGGUGGCCAUAAAGAUCAUAGACAAGACCCAGCUGGACUCUGUGAACUUGGAGAAGAUCUAUCGUGAAGUGAAGAUCAUGAAAAUGCUGGACCACCCACAUAUCAUUAAGCUGUACCAGGUCAUGGAGACCAAGAACAUGCUCUACCUUGUGACAGAGUACGCCAAGAAUGGGGAAAUUUUUGACUACCUGGCCAAGCAUGGCCGGCUGAGCGAGCCUGAAGCUCGUCGCAAGUUCUGGCAGAUUCUGUCAGCAGUGGAGUAUUGCCACAACUGCAGCGUCGUGCACCGGGACCUCAAGGCUGAGAACCUGCUGCUGGAUGGACACAUGAACAUCAAGAUUGCAGAUUUUGGCUUUGCGAACUUCUUUCAGACAGGAGAGCCCCUGGCCACGUGGUGUGGCAGCCCACCAUAUGCAGCCCCUGAAGUGUUUGAGGGACAGCAAUAUGAAGGCCCACAGCUAGACAUCUGGAGCAUGGGGGUGGUCCUGUAUGUGCUGGUGUGUGGCGCCCUGCCUUUUGAUGGUCCCUCUCUACCCGUGUUGAGGCAGCGUGUGUUGGAGGGCCGUUUCCGUAUCCCCUACUUCAUGACAGAAGACUGCGAGCACUUGAUCAGGCGGAUGCUGGUUCUGGACCCGUCUAAGCGUCUUUCAGUGGCUCAGAUAAAGGAGCACAAGUGGAUGGUGCUAGAGGUUCCUGUGCAAAGACCACUGCUCUAUCAGCAGACGGGGCAGGCUGAGGGUGAACCCGGCCUGGGAGAAUACAGCGAACAGGUGCUGCGGCUCAUGCACAGCCUGGGCAUCGACCAGCACAAGACUGUAGAGUCUCUUCAGAAUAAAAGCUAUAACCACUUUGCUGCUAUCUACUACCUGCUGGUGGAGAGGCUGAAGGCGCACCGCUGCAGUUUCCCCGUGGAGCCGCGCCUGGACGCCCGCCAGCGGAGACCCAGCACGAUCGCUGAGCAGACUGUGGUUAAGUCGAGCAGCGGAGCUCCUCAGGUGAGCCUCCUGACCCAGAAUGUGCGCCUGCUCCGUUCGCCGGCCGUGGCCCAGGCCUCCGCCGACUCCUACAGCUUCCCACAGUCACCCUGUGCUCCUGAGCACAGCCUCAUGGAGGAGGAGGUGGGAACUCCCAAAGUUGACGGCUGCAUGCUGGACCCUCUGCCUCCACUGACUGUGCGCAAAUCCAGCACUUCAUCCCCCAGCAACAUGAUGGAGACCUCUAUAGACGAGGGCAUUGAGACAGAAGACCCUGACGCUGAUGAGGACCCUGCCCACAUCUUCAGUGCCUACCAGACAGCGCGAUUUGGCCAGCGCAGACACACACUUUCUGAGGUCACCAACCAGCCAGGAGUCCUGACCAGCGCAGGUAAGAUGUUCAGUCUGGGCCACAACCCCUCCCUGGGCAGCGUGGACUCAGAGUACGACAUGGGCUCCAUGCACAGUGACCUGAGCCUCCUGGAGGACACUUCCUCUCUCAACGAGGUUGUCCUAGCCACCACGCCUAUCAGCCGGGUGACCCCGCCAUUCGCACGCCCACCUAACCCGGCCAUGCAGGCAUUGAGCUCGCAAAGGAGGGAGGCCCACAACCGCUCGCCUGUCAGCUUCCGAGAGGGCCGCCGAGCAUCAGACACUUCACUCACGCAAGGCCUGGUGGCUUUCCGGCAGCACUUGCAAAACCUGGCUCGGACAAAAGGCAUCCUGGAGCUCAACAAGGUCUAUGAACAGAUGGGCUCUGGGGAGAACCCCUCUUUAGGGCCUCUGAGUCCGCAGACGCACCCACAUGACCUGCUGGACCCCUUGAUUCAGGGAGAGGGAGGCCACCAGCACAGCAUGGCACUGUUUUCAGGUGGUCCUCAGCCUCUGCUGUCCAGAAGACAAAGUCUGGAGCCCCAGUACCCCUCACACAGGAUCCCGAAACCUAGUCUGAUGGCAAGCCCUAACAGCUGCCAGAUGUUCUGUAAAGAGACUCCACGCAGCCUAGAGCAGCAGCUGGCUGAACACAGGUUGCAGCAGAAGAGGCUGUAUCUUCAGAAGCAGUCCCAAAUGCAGGCCUAUUUUAACCAGAUGCAUAUAGUGGAGGGCCCGUACGCCCCUUGCACACCAAUGAGCAGCCAGGACUCUGCCGCACCCCCUCAGGUCCAAGGCUCUAUAGCCCCAUUGCACCAGCAGCAGAGCCCCCAGGCCUCGCCCCCGUACACCCCACAUCCACAAACUUUCAGCCCUUUAAUGGAGCCCUACCUUGGCCAUUACCCCCACUUGCAGCCUUCAGCCCUGCCCCCUGGCCUCCAGGGCCAGCAGCCGGAGGCCCUCAGCUAUGGCUACCCAGUCCACGAGCCUGGGGCACAGUGUUCCGCAGGAGACGUCCUGUACCAGGAGCAAUACAGUCACCCGCUGGACCCCGGGCAGCCCCCUCCUCCUGGUGCAGCAGCAGGAGCCCCUGCAUCUGGGUACGAAGGUCUGGCCAUAGCUGACCCCUUUCUGGACAGUGAGAUGAUGGAGACAGUAGACUCCCAAACCGGCUUUGUGCUGGUAAACUGAGCUUAGUCAGUCGGGGCAAACAGUAUUACCCCUGAGAUCUGCUUUGCUGCUGGUGGAUGGGAGAAAGGAGGAUAAGGAUACAGGUACAGAAAUGGACCAACGAUUUGCACCAAGAAGAAACUUUCGGUUGUAGUGAGCCGCCGAUGUAUUCUUUUCCGUUUUUCAUCCCGACUCCUCCCCACCUCCCUUCUUGUUCUCCAGUGCCUGCAUUUGCUGCUGGGUCUCUUAGGAGAAGGCUGGCAGAAGUGGAGUGGAAGCUCUUCUCUGCUCUACCCCAGACGACUGACGCUGAGCUUAGCACAGCCACGUCAGCUGGAGCUGGAUGUUUCUUGUAGCACACAGACAACUGAGAUGUGCCCAACGGAGCCUGGCCAAGAGCACAAAUGUGACAGGUUUUGCAUUAACACAGGACAAAUACUCGGCUCCCAGCAUUUUUUUUUUUUUUUUUUUGAACACGAAAGGACAAUACGUAUUAAAUUUGCACGCUUGUGAAGUGCAGUGUUAGUAAAAAAAAAUGUAUAUGGCAAUACAGAAGCAAUAUAAUCAAGCUGGGACUGAACAAAGCCAUAAAUGGGACAAGGUCCAGCUCGAGCUUCGGCUUGGUGGGAAUGAUCAGACGUCACAACCUAGACACAAAGCCAGAGAAGAGCAUCCUUAGAGCUGAAGAUGUCAAUCCCAUACCACAGUCCAUAAGAACACAUCGUCUGGCCUUUAACUGUAGUACUGUUACUUGCUCACAAUGUCCACAGCAUGAACUCACCACUGUUUUGUGCAGCAAAGUAACGUCAAAUGAAUCAUAACAUUCUUCUCACGCUGAUUAGCAGGGAGGAGCUCUAUUCCAGAUGACAUCAUUAACCUCCAGGGGUGUUGACCCUGUAGUCGUGCAUGUUUGAUUCAAAAUAAUUUGAUGGAAUUACCCUGGACACUAAAUGGGUCCGAAUGAAUGAGUGAAUGAAUGAAUGAAUGCGCGGAUAAUAAAUGUUUCAAUGUCAGAAAGCUUAGUCACUAAUCACUGGAUUGUAGCCAACUGAUCACGUUCCUCUUACAACAGGCUGAAAAUAGAUGGGGUUUUAUUUUAGCACUUAGCAAAUCUACUUGAAUAGGGUAUGUGACUACAGAUUUCUGGUUAAUACAAGAAAGAUGGUGGUAAAUGUUGUAAACGGCUGAAGCUUUGCAGCAGAGACCAGGCUAUGGACUCCUGGUAAACAAAAUACUGGAGCACUUUUUUCUUGUAAUUGUAAUUUUUUUUUUUUUUUUUUUUUGGAGGAAGCAAAAGGAAAUGUAGCGAAAGCGGAAGUAGCAGUCAGGUGAGUCUGACCUGCUCUGCUAGUUCUGUCAUCUAAAACCAAGAGACACAUCAAAUCCUGCUCUCCCCAGUUAUGUACGCAAGCCGCUCUCUCCAAGGACACGUGAGAGAUCCGCUCAGUGGUCGUCGUAUGUGCUUUGUAUAAAUUAGGGGUUAGACGUUUUUGGAGGCGCUUGCAAGAUGCAAGGAAUUAUUGUUUUCAGUGUGAUAGUGUUCAGUGUGCCUUUUCUUUAUUCUUUUUAAAUUAAGAUCCGAAUAAUGUUUUUUGUUUUGGUUUGAUUCUGUUUCUGGUUUGGUAUACCUUACAGGAUAUAAGUAGACCCAGGUUUUACAAAGGUACAAAACCAAAGUCCUCUCCGAAGUUUCCCUGUACAACCCCACCAUGUGGAGUUUGGAGCUUCUUGGUUAGUUCCUAAAUAGUGCUUUUUUUCAAUCAGUAUAUGACGUUGAAAAGUAUUAAUAGCAAUAUUUGUUAUGAAUAGUUAUAAAAAAUCAUGAAUGUGUUACAGUAUCAUAAUCACAACUCCAGCUGCCAAACACCAUUCUUUAGAAAUCCAAUUCUACAUUUACCCUCAUUGAUGUGACCACAUAUAAGCUAACUUUGCUGUUGAGAUUAAAAAAAGGUUUAUUGAA